AUGUCGGAUCUUCUAACUGAUGAGUUAGGACAGGCAUUCCAGAUAACGGAUGAAGACAAAGGAUGCAGGAUCAAGGGGCAGCAGUGUAUCCUCGCAAACAUUGGGGUUGUUAGAUCGAUAGCAACCUUUCUUUCGACCUCCUUGGGGCCGACUGGAAUGGAUAAGAUACUGCAGAGCAAGGACGAGGAUAUAGUUGUGACCAAUGACGGGGCAACCAUACUCAAGGAGAUGGAGAUGACGGAGAAUCCGAUUUCGAGGCUGAUAGUGCAGCUGAGCGAGUCGCAGGACGAAGAGAUAGGGGAUGGGACGACGAGCGUUGUUGUGCUUGCGUCUGCGCUUCUUGACCAGGCACAGGCACUCCUUGGACAAGGGGUGCAUCCGAUCAAGAUAUCUGAGGGCUUUGAGGUGGGGCUGGGACACGCAGUUGAGCAUCUGUCCGAGAUAUCCGAGGAGAUAUCUGAUCUAAAGGAGACGAUGAUGAAGGCGGCGAAGACAAGUCUUGGAAGCAAGAUAGUGUACAAAUCUCUUGAAAGGUUUGCCGAGAUAUGCACGGAUGCAGUACUGAUGGUUGCAGAUAUGGAGAGGAAGGACCUCGACUUUGAGCUGAUCAAUAUCGAAAGUAAGGUUGGAAGGGAUCUAUCCUCCACAGCCCUUAUCAAGGGAAUUGUGAUCAACAAGGAGUUCAGCCAUCCGCAGAUGAAGAAGGAGGUCAAGGACGGAAGGAUAGCGCUUUUAAGCUGCCCUUUUGAGCCUCCGAAGCUGAAGACCAAGCACAGCCUUGUGAUUUCGAAUCCCAAGGAGUACAAGGAGCUGGAGGAGUAUGAGAAGAAGAAGUUUGCAGAGAUGAUAGAAAGCAUCAAGAGGAGCGGAUCUAACAUUGUGAUGUGCCAGUGGGGGUUUGAUGACGAGGCCAACUCUCUUCUUAUGGAGAAUGGCCUUCCUGCAGUCCGGUGGGUUGGAGGCCAUGAGCUUGAGCUCCUGGCGGUUCACACGGGGGGAUCGAUAGUGGCGAGAUUUGAGGAUCUGGAGGAGUCUGAUCUUGGGAAAGCAAGAGUCCGAGAGGAAAGUCUCGGGACUGAGAAUGACAAGAUCAUUGUGGUUGAGAACGAGGGAUGCAGUAAGGCUGUUACGAUCCUUGUCCGAGGGGCAAAUGACCUGGUUAUUGAGGAAGCGAAGAGAUCGAUCCGGGAUGCCCUUUGUGCUGUUCGGAACAUUCUCACGAACAGCAGGAUAGUGUAUGGGGGAGGAUCUUCCGAGAUGUCGUGCUCUCUUGCCCUAGAAAGAAUUGCUACGGGGUACUCUGGGGAGGAGCGGGAAGCCAUACUUGGGUUUGGAAGGGCCCUGGAGGAGAUUCCGCUUUGCUUAGCGAGAAACAGCGGUCACGAUCCGAUUGGAUAUUCGUCUGACCUUCGGAAGCUGCAAAUGGAGAGCAAGAACUUCCAUCUUGGGGUUGACUGCCUGGGGGAUGGAGAGCAGGACAUGAAGAAGCUGGGUGUCUUUGAUGCUCUGAGCAGCAAGAUCAGGCAGUUCCAGAUGGCAACGCAGCUUGUCACGAUGGUUCUUAAGAUCGACAACGUUGUCUCUGAUUUCCACGAUUAA